AAGCUGAAACGGAGCUUCAAUCCACGGAAGAGGACGUGGAAAUGGAAGUAGAAGAAGGACCGGUCCCGCCUUCGAAAUCCAAGGAACCGCCGCAGAUUCACCGCCUGGACGAGUCUGUGGUGAACAGAAUCGCCGCAGGAGAGGUCAUACAGCGACCGGUAUCCGCCGUGAAAGAGCUCGUAGAGAAUAGCCUCGACGCCGGUUCCACCUCAGUAUCCGUCGUUGUCAAGGACGGCGGCCUCAAACUCAUCCAAGUUUCCGAUGACGGCCAUGGCAUUCGUAAAGAGGAUUUGCCAAUAUUAUGUGAAAGGCAUACAACAUCCAAAUUAAGCAGCUUUGAGGACUUGCAAACAAUUACGUCUAUGGGUUUCAGAGGGGAGGCCUUGGCUAGCAUGACAUAUGUAGGUCAUGUAACAGUCACCACCAUCACUAAGGGACAAUAUCACGGUUACAGGGCAACUUAUAGAGACGGCAUAAUGGAAGAUGAACCAAAAGCAUGCGCAGCGGUAAAGGGUACUCAAAUAAUGAUUGAAAACUUAUUUUAUAAUAUGGCUGCUCGGAGGAAAACUCUUCAGAACUCUGCUGAUGAUUAUCCAAAAAUUGUCGACCUCAUCAGUAGGUUUGCCAUUCAUCACACUAGUGUGAGCUUCUCGUGUAGAAAGCAUGGAGCUGCUAGAGCUGAUGUUCACUCAUCUGUAACACCCUCAAGGCUUGACGCAAUACGAUCAGUUUAUGGUGUAUCAGUUUCUCGAAAUCUGAUCAAAAUUAAUGUUUCUGAUAAUGACCCAUCAAGUUCAGUCUUUGAGAUGGAUGGAUUAAUCUCCAAUGCUAAUUAUAUUGCGAAGAAGAUAACUAUGGUGCUUUUCAUCAAUGACAGACUGGUAGAAUGUGGUGCUCUCAAGAGGGCAAUUGAAAUAGUCUAUUCUGCAACAUUGCCUAAAGCAUCGAAACCAUUUGUAUAUAUGUCAGUCACUCUUCCAUCAGAGCAUGUUGAUGUGAAUGUACACCCCACAAAAAAAGAGGUUAGCCUUUUAAACCAAGAGGUUAUUAUUGAGAAGAUACAAUCUGUGGUAGAACUCAAGUUGAGAAGUUCCAAUGAGUCAAGGACAUUCCAAGAGCAGACAAGCAAUCCCUCUUCACCUAGUGUGUUGGCAACAAGGCAAUACUCACAAAAAGAUUUAUCCAAACCUGAGAUAAAAUCACAAAAAACUCCAGUAAAUAAAAUUGUAAGGAUUGACACACUGGAUCCUGCCGGAAGGCUGGAUGCGUACUUGCAAUUCACACCUUCUAAUAAUCCAGAAAGAAGUACUUGCUUGACCACUGUGAGAUCUUCUAUAAGACAAAGGAGAAACCCUAAAGAGACUGCUGACCUUACUAGCCUUCAAGAGCUUAUAAAUGAAAUUGAAUCUACAUGUCAUUCCGGUUUGCUGGAGAUUGUGAGGCACUGCACAUACAUUGGAAUGGCUGAUGAUGUGUUUGCUCUGCUUCAACACCAAACUCACCUUUAUCUUGCAAAUGUAGUUAACCUAAGCAAAGAGCUCAUGUACCAGCAAGUUUUGCGACGGUUUGCCCAUUUCAAUGCCAUUCAACUAAGUGAGCCAGCCCCAUUACAAGAGUUGCUGAUGCUUGCUCUUAGAGAAGAAGACGAGGCUAGCGAAAUCGAUGAAGAUGAUAACCUGAAAGAAAAGAUUUCUGAUAUGAAUAAAGAUCUUCUCAAGCAAAAGGCUGAAAUGCUUGAUGAAUUCUUUAGCAUCUAUAUCGACUCAAAUGGUAAUUUGUCCAGACUUCCUGUGAUACUGGAUCAGUAUACACCUGACAUGGACCGUGUCCCAGAGUUUGUGCUUUGUUUGGGAAAUGAUAUCAACUGGGACGAUGAAAAGGACUGCAUCCAAUCAAUAUCUGCUGCUCUUGCCAACUUCUAUGCCAUGCAUACUCCUUUGAUACCCAAACCAUCAGGUGAUGGCUUGCAAUUCUACAAGAAGAAGAAAAGUUCAAGCAGUGUUAAUGAACAAGAAAAUCCUUCAAAACCCACUGGGAAUGACGUGACAGAGGAUGAAUAUGAGAUUGAUUUACUUUCAGCGGCUGAAAACGCAUGGGCACAGCGAGAAUGGUCAAUUCAGCAUGUUUUGUUUCCAUCUCUCAGGCUUUUCUUCAAGCCCCCAAAAUCAAUGGCUACAAAUGGUACUUUUGUUCAGGUCACUUCACUGGAGAAGCUUUACAGAAUUUUCGAAAGAUGUUAGGAUGUGCAGAAUAAGACAAUUGAUUGAUGGUUAAAUCAGCGAACUGCAGUUUUCGGAUGCUGGAUUAUGAUAUAACAAUAGGAAUGUGUGUAGGUUUCUGAUUCAUGAAUCGUGAUCUGAUAUUUCUGAUUACAUACACGGAGAAAAAAGAAUAACAACAAUGGUCAGUU